AUGUUCAAACCGCAUAAACCCAGUGAUUACCCUUCGUUAUUGUUAUACAUCUUGGAUGAGACACAUAUAACCGUAACUCUAUCAACAGCAUUGGCGAUUCUAUUCACUAGGAACGCACAUGUAGUAUGGUUUGCUAUUGGGGCUCUGAAUUCCUCAUUAUCAGCCAAAGUUCUUAAAAACCUAAUACGUAACCCUCGACCACCACCUCCUCCUCCAACAUCAUCUGUUCCAUCCAAGAUCCGACCUAAACGAACGUACGGAAUGCCUUCAACCCAUUCUACAGCUCUUACAUUCUAUUUCAUUUAUCUGAUCCCUUUCGUGACUCUUCUCCCUUCUCCUUAUUCCCUAUUGGCAGGUUUGGGCGUGGGCGGAUAUUGGAUACUUGGUUUAUGGAGUAGAAAGGAAUUGGGUUAUCACACUUGGGAACAAGUUCUUGGAGGUGGGUUGUAUGGUACUUUAUUAGCUCUAGGUUGGAAAUCACUUUAUAAGAAUUAUCCAGUCAUUGGGAAUUCAAUACAAGGUCUAGUAGAUGCCGUUUGGAGUAAAGUGUUUGGAUAG